AUGAUUUGUUGUCGUACUGUCACCACCCGGAGAAAUAUUACCAUCACCACCAGUCCUACCAUCACUACCAGUCCUAUCAUCACCAUCUCCUACCACCACUACCAGCUCUACCAUCACCACAAGCCCUACCAUUACCAUGUUCUACCAUCACUACCAGCCCUACCAUCACCACCAGUCCUACCACCACUACUAGCCCUACCACCACUACCAGCCCUACCAUCACCACCAGCCCUACCAUCACCACCAGCCCUACCAUCACUAUCAGCCAUACCAUCACUACCAGUCUACCACCACUACCAGCCCUACCAUCACCACCAGUCCUACCACCACUACCAGCCCUACCAUCACCACCAGCCCUACCAUCACCACCAGCCCUACCAUCACUACCAGCCAUACCAUCACUACCAGUACUACCAUCACUACCAGCCCUACCAUCACCACAAGCCCUACCAUCACCUUGUCCUACCAUCACCACCAGUUCUACCAUCACUACCAGCUCUACCAUCACCACUAGUCCUACCAUCACCACCAGCCCUACCAUCACCAUCAGUCCUAUCAUCACCAUGUCCUACCAUCACUACCAGUCCUACCAUCACCACCAGCCCUACCAUCACCAUUAGUCCUACCAUCACCACCAGCCCUACCAUCACCAUCAGUCCUACCAUCACCAUGUCCUACCAUCACUACCAGUCCUACCAUCACUACCAGCCCUACCAUCAUCAUGUCCUACCAUCACCACCAGCCCUACAAUCACCAUCAGUCCUACCAUCACCAUGUCCUACCAUCACUACCAGCCCUACCAUCACCACCAGUCCUACCAUCACCACCAGUCCUACCAUCACCAUCAGCCCUACCAUCACUUUGUCCUACCAUCACUACCAGCCCUACCAUCACCAUCAGCCCUACCAUCACCAUGUCCUACCAUCACUACCAGCCCUACCAUCAUCAUGUCCUACCAUCACCACCAGCCCUACAAUCACCAUCAGCCCUACCAUCACCAUGUCCUACCACCACUACCAGCCCUACCAUCACCAUCAACCCUACCAUCACCAUGUCCUACCAUCACUACCAGCCCUACCAUCACCACCAGUCCUACAAUCACCAUGUCCUACCAUCACCAUGUCCUACCAUCACUACCAGUCCUACCAUCUUCAUGUCCUACCAUCACCACAAGCCCUACCAUCACCAUGUUCUACCAUCACUACCAGCCCUACCAUCACCACCAGUCCUACCAUCACUACCAGUACUACCAUCACCACCAGCCCUACAAUCAUCAUGUCCUAUCAUCACUACCAGUCCUACCAUCACCAUGUCCUACCAUCACCAUCCCCAUCAGCCAGUUAUUCAUGA